AUGUCUUCACCACCACCAAUUCCGCCGCUGCCCACCACCGCCGCCGCCGCGUCAUCGCCAAUCCUCUCCAGGGCGCCGAUGGGCCUCUCCACUGCGCUGAUGGGUUCCACCGCCGGCGCCUCUACCGGCCAGUCGCCGCCUCCCUCCACGGGUCCGCCGCCAUCACCCUCCACCGCGCCGCUGGUAUACUCCCCGGCGGAGAUGACCGGCGUCCUCAACGAUCUGGUCACCGUUGUCCAGGGCAUCCGGCUGUUUCUGGGCAGUCUGUACGGGCCGCCGCCACCUCUGCCGCCGUCCACCUCCUCCGGACCGCCCGCCCUACCCUGGUACUCGGUACCCGCGGUGCUCGCCGGGACCCAGCCGUCGUCCGCCACAGCGCCGCAGUGGCCUGCGCCGGCCCUCGCCGCGCCACUCGCGCCUCCCGCGGCCGCCACCACGCCGCAGUGGCCGCAGUGGCUAGCGCCGGCCCUCGCCGCGCCACCUGCACCUUCCGCGCCAGUCCAGUAG